AUGACUUUUAUCAAACUUCUUCGUAUAAACAAAAUCUCAAAAUCAUUAAGGCAAUUGCACAACAUAGCUGGAAAAAUGGUAGACAAAAUUUACCAAACUAAUAUUCCAACUGCGUUGGAUUCAGCUAAAUAUUAUCUAGACAAAGGGGAUGUGAUAGCUCUUCCUACAGAUACCGUGUAUGGCCUUGCGUGUAGUGCCAACAACGAGAAAGCCAUCCAAAAGUUGUACGCAAUAAAAGGCCGAGACUUUCGUAAACCGGUAGCGAUAUGUGUAAGAGAUAUCGAUUCCUUGCGAAACUGGGGAAAAGCAGAACACAUAGAUGACAUGCUACUUGAGCAAUUGCUUCCCGGACCCAUAACUAUAGUUAUAGAACGCUCCGCAAAUUUAAAUAAUAGAUUCCUUAACCCUAGUACUUCAAAAAUUGGAAUAAGAAUUCCCGACUUCGAUUUCAUAAAAAAUCUAUGCGAAAAGUUUGAUCAGCCUUUGGCGCUUACCAGUGCAAAUAAAUCAGCCGAACAAAGCAGUUUGAACAUUCACGAAUUCGAAUGUCUUUGGUCACAGUUGGGGGGAGUUUUUGAUGGCGGGCAGCUUGGUGUGACCGAAGAGUGCCGUUCUGCUUCAACAGUGAUCGAUCUCUCUAUUCCGGGAAGGUAUAAAGUAGUGAGAGAAGGAGUAGCUCUUAAGAAAACCCUUAGUAUUAUGGAUAACUUCAAUAUUAAGCCUUUGUUAUGAAAUAAAUUCUAAAUUUCUGUAUAUUUUUCCUAAAACAA